CUCAUGUCUCAUUCACCCUCUCCCCUCGGCCUCCCUCCCACCCUUCCCUCCACAGGCCAACGCUGGGGACGGCCUCCAUGUAUUUAAAGAGGACGAGAGCCCCCAUACUCAGUUGAGCCGACAGAGACCACACAGGCAGACUUGACCUUGGUCAGAGGGUCUUCAAGAUGCCAAACUGGGGCGGAGGAGCGAAAUGUGGAGCCUGCGAAAAGACAGUCUACCACGCAGAAGAAAUCCAGUGCAAUGGAAGGAGUUUCCACAAGACCUGCUUCCACUGCAUGGCCUGCAGGAAGGCUCUGGACAGCACCACGGUGGCAGCUCACGAGUCGGAGAUCUACUGUAAGAUCUGCUACGGGCGCAGGUAUGGCCCCAAGGGGAUCGGGUACGGACAAGGCGCCGGCUGCCUCAGCACGGACACAGGCGAACAUCUGGGCCUCCAGUUCCAACAGUCCCCAAAGCCUGCACGCUCAGCCACCACCAGCAACCCUUCCAAGUUCACCGCAAAAUUUGGAGAGUCAGAGAAGUGCCCCCGGUGCGGAAAGUCAGUCUAUGCUGCUGAGAAGGUGAUGGGAGGGGGCAAGCCUUGGCACAAGACAUGUUUUCGCUGCGCCAUCUGUGGGAAGAGUCUAGAGUCCACGAAUGUCACUGACAAAGAUGGGGAACUUUACUGCAAAGUUUGCUAUGCCAAAAAUUUUGGCCCUACAGGUAUUGGGUUUGGAGGCCUAACACAACAAGUGGAGAAGAAAGAGUGAAAGGUAUGCCAAACUUCACCGGCCUCGAGCAUUUGCCAUGUUCUCCUGCAGGACGGAAAGCCUUGCCCGAUCAUCCUCUCGUGGAGGGUCAGCCAGUAUUUCUCUUCGGAACUGAUCACAGUCUUGACCCAAAGUUAGAAAACACUUUUGGAAGAAAAGUAUUAAAAGUUUAAGCUGUAACAAAUGUGUUAUUAUUUCUGAUACCGGGGUGGGAGAGGCAAUAAAUAAAUGUUUUAGUGGCA